UUGUUCAGAUCUUGGAAGAUUUCUUCCGGGAACUUCUUCCUGGAAUUCCUUCCAAGAUAAAGUGAUUAAGGAGUAACCCCCUCGAAUCUCGACAGACCCUCUUGCCCGGGGUGCAAUCAAUCAUCUGGAUCGCGGUGACGACUCCGACGCCAACCGGUUUGGAUUAAAGUGGAUCAGUGUGGAUGGCCUAAUUGAAUCAAAUCGACUCAAAGUGAGUGAGUUUAGCACGCCAAAUUGGAUCAGCCGGAGUCCAGCUGAAUCGUUGCUAACGACGAGUUCUGCGAAUCAAUCAACUCUGGGGAAAAAGAAGAAAAAGAAAGAGUUGAAUUGAAAUACGAGCAAAUGAAAUACAGAAGAUAGAAAAAGUUUCCUUCAUUGAAUUUCGAAGUGCAUCAUCCCAGAAUUGGCAACCAGCUGGAAGCAAUUUAUUCCUGGGAGAAAACGAAGAAAAGUGAGUUUUCCUUUAGUUUUAACUCGAUGGACUGCAGCAGCUUAGAAGACAGCAGCAGACACCAGAUGCGACUGCAUCGGGGCUGAAUCGGGGUGAAACUAGUCGAUCAUCACUGGAGAGUAUACGGCGGGGGAACCCGCGGAUGAGAUCGAGUCCACCAGACUCAUCAGCCGAGCCAUCAGCCGAAAAACAAAGUGAAAUCGUCUCACCUUUUCCCGUAACCUGAUAAGAAACCGCAGACGUCAACGUGACAGAGAAGAAGGAAAAACGAGAAGAAGAAGAAGAAAACAAUGGGAACGAAGACGACGCUGGCGACUGUUGGUUGUCUUUUCAAGCAGAUAAGCAAAGAAAAGCAGUGGUGUUGGUGUGGUUGUAGGUGUGAUGGUGACACGGAACAAUAAAUCUUGUUCAUUCGCACAAGUGAACAGAAGAGAGGUUCUUUUUGUAUUGCGAUCUAGAGCAGAACCAAUAAUCUUAGAAUACAAACAACGUUAAAUUGAACCAUGUUUCUCGUGAAACCCGUGUCAUCAUCACCGUUAGACAAGCCUCCUGAAUGUACCAAAAAUGUGCUUAAAAACAUAGUGAAUAAACCACGAAAGUUUUCCAAAGAAACCCCCUGAAGCAGGGAAACCGCCCAAAAACCACAACGAAAUCAAACCCCCCGCAAAAUGUCCUCGCUCAAAUUCAUCGACUACAUGAACAUCAGCUCGCUGAGCGCGAUAAGCUUCGUGAACGCAAGCCUGGCUUAUCUGAACAGCACCAACGGAACCAACGGCAGCACUGCCUCCUACCCCAGCGCUGUGAACCUUACCACCGCCAACGGGAGCAUGUUGCUGGAAAUGGCCUCCCCACCUUCGGCCGCGUCCGCCCUUCCGGCCCUGUUCAGCCUGAACGGAACGGCGCUGGACUUUGGACUCGGGGGAGUGGGGGCUGGGCCGGGGGGAAGCUACCCCGCCCCCAACUACAGCUUCCCCUUUCACAACUUUGUGCAGAAAGAGUUUAUCUUCGAUCGGACCGAUGUGAGAGUGAUUUUCAUUACGCUGUACUCGCUGGUGUUUUGCUGCUGCUUUUUUGGCAACCUGCUAGUGAUACUGGUGGUUACGAUGUCCCGCCGGUUGCGCUCCAUCACCAACUUCUUCCUGGCGAACCUGGCCGUGGCCGACCUGUGCGUGGGGGUGUUCUGUGUGAUGCAGAACCUGACAAUCUAUCUGAUCGAAAGCUGGGUGUUUGGAGACUUCCUGUGCAAAAUGUACCAAUUUGUGCACUCGCUCAGCUACACGGCGUCCAUCUUCAUCCUGGUGGUGAUCUGCACGGAGCGGUACUUUGCCAUCAUCCAUCCGAUCACCUGCAAGCAGAUACUGACCUCGAGGCGGUUGCGGCUGGUCAUCGUGGCCGUCUGGAUCACGUCGGCCGUCUACUCGGUGCCAAAGUUUAUCUUCGUCCGGACGAUUACGAACAACCUCGGCGACGACCAGCUCGAGACCAUCUGCAUCGUGAACCGGAAGGCGUUCAACUCGGAGCUGUUCGACAUCAUCAACUUUGCCUUACUGUACCUGCUGCCACUGCUGGUCAUGACCAUUCUGUACAGCCGGAUAGCGAUCGCACUGUGGAAGAGCUCGCGGGGGUUGGAGCGCCACAUCGCGCUCCAGAACACGACCUCGUCCAGCUACUCGAACAACUUCCACCGGAAGCCGAGCAGCAAGUACGAGAAGCGCGCCGUCGGCGUCACGGAGAGUCAGGUGAGGAACUGUAGGGUGGGAAGAUGAGUGCGGAAAGGGAUA